AUGCCGCCCUGCCCCUGCCCCUGCCCCACUGGAACCACCACCUCUCCCACACCGGAAGCCCAACUUCGGCCCCACCGGAAGUCCAACCUCUCCAACACCGGAAGCCCAACUUUGGCCCCACCAGAAGCCAAACCUCUCCCACACCGGAAGCCCAACUUUGGCCCACCAGAAGCCCAACUUCGGCCCCACCGGAAGUCCAACCUCUCCCACACCGGAAGCCCAACUUCGGCCCCACCGGAAGCCCAACUUUGGCCCCACCGGAAGCCCAACCUCUCCCACACCGGAAGCCCAACUUUGGCCCACCAGAAGCCCAACUUCUGCCCCAUUGGAAUCCCAACCUCUCCUGCACCGGAAGUCCAACCUCUCCAACACCGGAAGCCCAACUUUGGCCCCACCAGAAGCCAAACCUCUCCCACACCGGAAGCCCAACUUUGGCCCACCAGAAGCCCAACUUCGGCCCCACCGGAAGUCCAACCUCUCCCACACCGGAAGCCCAACUUCGGCCCCACCGGAAGCCCAACUUUGGCCCCACCGGAAGCCCAACCUCUCCCACACCGGAAGCCCAACUUUGGCCCACCAGAAGCCCAACUUCUGCCCCAUUGGAAUCCCAACCUCUCCUGCACCGGAAGUCCAACCUCUCCAACACCGGAAGCCCAACUUCGGCCCCACCGGAAGUCCAACCUCUCCCACACCGGAACCCCUUCUCUAUGGUACAUCGCCGCCCUCCCCCCUGCGACCGCUCUAGCCCCCUCCUCUAUGGUACAUCACCUCCCCCCCAGCCGCGCCCGGUUACGUCACUUCCGCCUGCUGUUUGAACAACUUUAUUGGUCCGCGAGCACGCGGACACACUCGCCCCCCCCCCCUUUCCCCCAGCUCGUUGGGGCCUACUGA